UUUCAGUUUGCUUUAAUUGACGGAGUUGACUUUGUGUGGCGCGGGUAACAUAUAUUUGACUUUUCUUGCGGCGGCGCUAAGAACCGUCGAUGCUUCCGGUGAACAGAACCAAAGCUCUUUUAUCAAUCCUGAGCCAAGUCAAAACACUACACCAUACCCAGCAGGUUCACGCCAAGGUCAUAGUCCAUGGAUUCCAAGAUGAAGUUGUUCUCGGAUCCAGUGUCACUAACGCUUAUAUCCAAUCGAAUCGUCUCGAUUUCGCAACUGCUUCUUUCGAUCGAAUCCCUUGUUGGAAGAGGAACCGGUAUUCCUGGAACACGAUUCUCUCUGGUUACUCCAAAUCCAAGAGUUGUUAUAGUGACGUCUUGCUUCUUUACAAUAGCAUGAGGAGGCAUUGCGAUGGCGUUGAUAGUUUCAAUUUGGUGUUUGCGAUCAAAGCUUGUGUUGGUUUAGGGAUUUUAGAAAAUGGGAUUUUGAUUCAUGGCUUGGCGAUGAAGAAUGGGUUGGAUAAGGAUGAUUUUGUUGCUCCGUCGUUGGUUGAGAUGUAUGCUCAAUUCGGUAAUAUGGAAAGCGCGCAGAAGGUGUUCGACGAUAUUCCUGUUAGAAACUCACUUCUCUGGGGAGUUCUGAUGAAAGGAUAUUUGAAAUACUCCAAAGACCCAGAAGUGUUUCGUUUGUUUUAUCUCAUGAGCGACACGGGUUUUGCGCUCCAUGCCCUUACAUUGAUAUGUUUGGUAAAAGCUUGUGGUAACGUUUUUGCUGGUAAAGAAGGGAAAUCAGUGCACGGAUUAUCUAUUAGAAGGAGCUUUAUAGAUCAGAGUGAUUAUUUGCAAGCCUCCAUUGUAGACAUGUAUGUGAAAUGUAGACUGUUGGACGAUGCUCGUAAACUAUUUGAAAGGUGUGUUGAUAGGAAUGUGGUAAUGUGGACCACGCUGAUUUCUGGGUUUGCAAAGUGUGAGAAAGCUAAUGAAGCGUUUGAUCUGUUCAGGCAGAUGCUGGGAGAAUCGAUACUUCCAAAUCAAUGUACUUUGGCAGCCCUUCUUGUUUCUUGCUCGAGCUUGGGAUCUCCUAGGCACGGGAAGAGUGUUCAUGGCUACAUGAUAAGGAGUGAGAUUAAAAUGGAUGCUGUAAAUAUUACAUCUUUCGUUGAUAUGUAUGCGAGAUGCGGGAAUAUUCAAAUGGCCCAGAAGGUUUUCGAUAUGAUGCCAGAGACAAAUGUCAUAUCGUGGAGCUCUAUGAUCAAUGCUUUUGGGAUAAAUGGUCUGUUAGAGAAAGCUCUGGAUUGUUUUGAUAAAAUGAAGUCGCAAAACCUAGUUCCCAAUUCUGUGACAUUUGUUUCACUUUUGUCAGCCUGUAGCCACUCAGGAAAUAUCAAAGAAGGAUGGAAGCAGUUUGAGUCGAUGACAAGAGAGUAUGGAAUUACGCCAGAGGAAGAACAUUAUGCGUGUAUGGUAGAUUUGCUAGGUCGAGCUGGUGAAAUUGGGGAAGCUAAGUCAUUUAUCGAUAAUAUGCCUGUGGAACAAAUGGCCAGUGCUUGGGGAGCUCUUCUUAGUGCUUGUAGAAUCCAUAAAAAAGUCGACUUAGCAGAAGAAAUCGCGGAGAAGCUCUUAACUGUAGAACCCGAUAAAUCAAGUGUCUACGUUUUGCUUGCUAACAUAUAUGCUGAUGCUGGUAUGUGGGAGAUGGUGGAUUGUGUGAGAAGAAAAAUGGCUGUGAAAGGAUAUAGAAAACCCGUGGGGCUAUCUGCUAUUGAAGUUGGCUAGAACAUAUAGCUAUUGAUUCCUGCAGCAUGGUUUUGAUGAAGAACAUAUGAAAUAUGACGCACCAGGGUAGAGAGAUGAUGGAAAUUAAUGUGAGAGAGUUACUUGGGAAAACUUCCAAAUUUAAGCUUUAACUCGUUGCAAUCAACUGUAUCAGAAAAACCACGAAGAUGAAGAUGAAGAUAGUUGAUGAGAGUACGAGCUGGUUUCUGCUGCAGUCAAAGUUGCUGUCAUAAGAUGCGUUGAUAUUCUUAGAACAAUUGAAGAGGUUAUAUCUCUGAUCUCUCUUUCUUACAAGGAUCUUCGCUUAUCAAAAGCUAAUUGCGAGCUGGAUUUUUCCAAAAUACAAAAAUCGAGCUCGUUUGCUCAGCUUCAAAAUAUUGUAAACAUUUUUU